CGGAAUGUGUAGAGAUAUGCGCGAAUAUUUAUUUCUUUCUCUUUCGUGUGUUCAGCGCUCGAAUUUUUAGUGUUACUGUAUAAACUCUGUUUUUUGGAUAUGUAUGAAGUGCACGCAAACAUAAACUUCACACAGUGUCAGUAAUAGUAUGAGCAGCAAAUCAGUAACAGUGUAACUUUUCUAUAUCUUGUUUCACACCAUACGACAGGCGAAAAAGAAACAAAUACAAAAUGGAAAAGGCCAAAAUUGUGUUGGUCGAGACAUUGGAACCAAUAUUUAGAUCUCUAGGCCAAAUUGUGUGUAUGUUCAAUAUAUUGAAAAUCGAUAAAUAAGUGACAACCGGAUGGUUUAACUAACAAUUUACAAACAGAUUUGUGUUUUAUUAGUCAUUUGUGAUUAGAACUGCAGCUGGUGUCUUUUGUGCAUCGGUUUGUCUACAAAGUGUGAUGAUACUUGAACAAAAAAAAAGAACGAACAACAAAAUCAAAUAAUUGCAUUUUGAAAAUGCUACUUUUAUAGUUUUUCCAUGAAAUGUUUGCACCGAAAUGUCUAAUAUUAUACUAUAUAUUUUACAAGCGGAAUACAACGUAAAUAAAGUUUUAAUGGAAAUAGCGUUUGAAGGAAAGGCUGACUAAAAAAAAAUUGUUGUUUCUUUUAAUUGCAUACGGGACACAGAAAAUGUAAAGUUAAAACAUCCAUGAAUGGUGAAAGAAACCCGACGUACGCAUAAGGACAAUUAAACGCACUUCGUAGCGUGUUUAACUUUUUUUGUAUAUAACCUUUCGGAUCAAAUUUACUCAUGCAAAAAAAAGAAACAUCAAUAUGAAUCACUGUGCAUGCUGAUAAUUUAGCUAAUUGAACACAUAACAAAACAACAUUUCCUAUCCUCAUUGAAAAUUAAAUCUUCAGUGCUAGAUAAAGGAAUGCAAAACUUCAAAGAAAACGUUGUGAAAAGAUAAAAAAAAACAUCCUGAUAUCAACAACGUUGAUUCAGUACAACACUUCAUUGUGAAGACAAAAAAUGAGUGCGAUAACUAUGCUGACAAAUGUCAAUAACCAAAAAAUUUCAAUCUUUUCCCGGUGAAUUGAACCCAGCAUUUGAGUCUAUGUAAAAUGAAAGAUUGUUUCAAAGCCAUGCCCUCAAAUUUCGCAGUGGAGCAACACAACUAUGGACAAACAUAAUGUUACUUCGAAUAUAGAACUUUAUUUAUUAUGUUAACUCAAACACAGUUUUCCUCGUAUUUACAAUAGGAAAAAAACAUUGAAGACAUAUAAAUGAAAACGAAAAGUUCUGAAUUGAGGCUCGUGAACGUGCUACGCCGAAUAUAUGACAAUUUUUUCAAAGGAAAAUUUCAAGUGUUGAUGUGAAAUGUGUUAAUUUUAAGGAGUACGUGAAAACGAAACGAUUUUCCAAUCGUAUCAUCAUUAUCGACAGUAUAUCUCCUUGUACCGCCGUUCUUCAUAAAUCAUCAAUAGUUCAAUUAAUUCAAAUGCACAAUGAAGUUGAUAAAUCAGCUGGUUUACUCAAUCGCAAGUUUAUUUGCCAUUGUAACGGCUUGUUCAGCUUUUCCAAUUAGUGAAAAAUCAAUGGAUAAUGCCAGCGAAUUGGUGAUUGGCCUCUUGGCGCUAACGUGCAUUAGUGUUACUAUAUUGGCAUGCACUUGUUGUCAUCGAAAUAAAAGUGGAUUUGAGGAAUUUGAAAAUGAAAAUACUAUCGCCGACCAAACGAAUUCGACCUCUGAAUUCCCAAUUUUUCGAGCAAUUUCACCGUCAAAUCCUGGGAAUGCAUUUAGUGCAAGCGGUGGAGAUAACAAUUUGGACAAUCGAAUUUUAUCAAAUAUUGUCAAUCAGAAUCACAUGAACCGUACAUUCAAUGAGUUCGAAAAUAGUCAGAACAAUAAUGGACCCAUUUCCGCUGUGGACAUGGAAAAUAUCCAGAAUAAUAAUGCAGCGGAUUAUAUACCAAAUCGAAAUGAAAUCAAUAUUGUAAUUGAUCCUUCGCUACAUGAAAACAAUCGUAACUUAGUCGAAGUGAACCGUGGUAGUAUAAGUAUGAAUGCUACAGCAGUAUCCACAAACAUCGAUCUAUCCGUUCCAAUGCUUAUGACUGAAUAUGAACGUAUCGCUAACGUUAGCAGUUUUGAGCCAUAUUACCAAAUGAACGAAUUAAACGGAUAUCACCUCGUUGAACCAACGGCUGCUAGUGAAUCCUUAAACAAUUAUAUUGACCUCACAGAAUCCAAUGAUCAAAAAUGUCCAGAAGAAAAUGAAUUGAGCCAUCAUAAUGAUAUUGUUAGCAUAGUUGUGGCUGAAGCUAUUUGUCACCCAGCUGAAACUGAAAUACAAGCUGAUGACCAAAUUAGUCAGCCAAAAUGUAAUGACUUGGAACUGGAUUUAGUCGACGAUGAUGCGAUAAGUGUAGAAGAAGCAUUACGUGCUCUCGACUUUGCCAUUUCUGGAGGUGAAUCCAUUUUCUCUGACUCUGAAUAUGAUUCAUCAUCAGAUGAAAGCAACAACGAAUGUGGAGAAACGCACUUGCCCAAACAAAUGGAACAACUCGAAUCGAAAAAUAGUAUAGAACUGAUUGAAACUGUCGACGCCAAAGAUAUAUUUAGUGAAAAUGAGGUUAAAAUGGGUAUAGAAAUCCAUUGUAAUAAUUCAAACAUUGAACAUAGUCGAAAAUAUGUUUAUGAAUUUGCAAAGGAAUUAGUUGAUAGUGUGCUAGAAGAGUGCACUGGAUUUUUUUUAUCGAUGACACAUUCAGAUGACAAUGUGCCAAAAAAUGAAUCUCAUGCACCAUUGAAUGGAGAAGUUAGAAUGAACAAUUUAGAUGAUUCCAUGGAGGAUAUGUUUGUUAUCGGUAAAUUGCAAGCAAGUACACCGUGCCAUAAAAUCAAUAUCAAUUGCCAGCGUGAGAAAAAUCGAUUGGGAAUCAAUCUUUUUCAAGCGCUAGAUGAAGUCAAUGAAAGUAAUUUAAGCCAAAGCGGUAUCGAGCCCCUAUUCGAAUCUCAAACACAUAUUGCGAGUGCCACAUUUGAAACACAACCGAUUGAAAAACAAUUGGCUUCAACUUUCGUUAAAAAUGAUGACCACACAUUUAUUUCGGCGGGCAGUCCAGAAUAUUUACAAGAGACGUUUAAUGUUGAAAUCAGUACCGUCAAACCACAGAAUGAUGUACCAACAAUAAGUCCAACAAUUAAAAUCGACAAGGACGAAGUCAACUCGGAUGAUUUGACUACUAUAACACCAAUGAAUACACCGAUUGAGCUAAACUAUGUAGGCACAACAUGGGAUCAGUUUGUCUCAAAAAGCAUGAACAAAAAAUGUAUUGACUUAGAAGAAAACACUGAUGAGAAACAAGCAACCAUAGAAAAUGCCACGUCGACGAUAGACGAUCCGAAAAAUCCCUGGUUUCUACACCUACCGCAGUCAAAUGACACUUUCAACAUAAACGAUACCGAAUACUCAAAUCGUGAUGGUACCGAUGAGGACAGCGAGUCAGUGGAAGAAAAUGCCGAAUUAUUGAGCCUAACUUUUGACGCUCUUCGAAAACAGUUGGCUGAUGUACUUCCACAAGCUUCAGUACGACCAAGUGUUGACUAUUCUGAUGAUGAAAAUGAAAGCGACUCUGAUUUAGACUAUGAAAAUCUGGAAUACCACAAGAGAUUUGAGAACCCGAAGUGUGAGGUGUUUAUCAAUUAUAAACAACAACUAUCGCCAAUCUUGGAAGAAAGUGAAGACGAAACGUGCAAGACUUUCGUGAUGAACGAAACUAAGUGUUUGGAUAGCACCAGUACUGGUUACAUUGAAACGAGCGAAGCAAUUAUGGGAGUUACAAAAGUUCUGAUGGCCUCAAAUGACACUCUAUUCAACUUUGAAGAUACUCUUGGUGACCGUGAAGACAUGCUUUCACCUCGAAAUGUGGCCAAUUCAGGAAGUUAUAUUGCUAUUUCAACCACACCACGACCGGAAAACUGCCAAACUCCCACAAACGAAGGAUAUCUCCAUGCAUAUCCAAGCGAAUACAAACCAAAUGAUAGCAAUGUUUACAGCGAAAUUAAGUUGACAAAUGAUAUUCGACCAAACACACUACAACUCAAUCUCGAGAAUCUCACAAAUAAUCUCAAUGAUUUAAUAUCACCAGAGCAACAAAAAACCAUUUCCGAAGAGAUCAAUACUAUUGAACUAUUAUCAUCGGAUUUGUCAGCUACAAUCGAUGCCACGAAUACGUUAGAUGAUUUAAAAACGUGUAUUUCGGUUCAUUUGAAUGAUGAUGCAAACAAUAGCAAAUUGGAAAAUUCUGAAAUCGAUUCUCAUCAAACGAACAGCCUAACAGCUAAUGAAUCCUUUGAAAAUGUUGAACAUGUCACAUGUCAACAGCACCAAAGUGAUUUUCUUCGGAAACCACCGAAAAUUACAUGUCAAACUAUUGCCGAACCGCAUUUAAAUUAUAAAACUAGCGAGCAUGAAACGGGUGAUGUGUUUCCAGAUUUAUUUACAGCCCAAAAUGCAGCAGAGAACAAAAACCCAAAUCUAGAUAUCUCUAAAAUUUAUUUAGAAUUUAAAAAUCCAGAACAGAGUGAGUUGGAUCUCUUGAACAAACCACCUGGACAGUUAUCUGGUGAAGAAGAUCCAUGGGCUAUGAAUCGCACAGUUGAAAACGAAUGUCACCAGAGAUUUCAAACAGAUUCUAAGGAUUUACGAUUUUCCGGACCGUGCAAUGAUGAUGUAAUGCAACAAAUAAGUGGCACGUUCGCAACAAAUGACUGGGACAGUGAUGCCGAGGAUAGCAAUAGUAGCGAAGAAUUUGUGUAUGCAAAAGGAACUUCACAAAUAAGCGAAUACUUAAGAGCAACUCAGAAAACAAUAUUCCCGCUAGAUUCAAAUAACCAAAUCAAUAUGGUUGCCAAUGAAUCAAUCGCGUUAAUGGAGUGCAGUCAAGAGUCCGUAGAUGAGAAGUUGAACACACAAGAUAUUUGGAAUAGUCACGAAGAUUUGAUCGGUGUGUCUACGAAAGCUGAUACUGAUUCAGUUGAUGACAUAUUGGAUGACAUUAGUAUUUCGGAGAAUGAAAAUGAAUGGGUACCAUCAUCAUGGGAUUCAUGUGCGAAACCAGUACGCUCUGCAUUAAAAAGUCCAGAUAAAUCAAGUAGCAAGACUGGUGCGAAGAGUCGUCGCAGUGUUGUAUUCAAAAAGCAAAGCUAUCAAUCGGUCUACGAAUAUCCAAAGGAGAAUGCAUUAUCAACAGCACUGAGUGAACCUCAAGGAUGGGCCACAUAUUUAGCUAAUUCCAGUCCAUUCAGCUCCACCAUGAAUGGUGCAUAUCCUGACGAUGAUUCAAACGGAAGUCAGAUUGAAGUGUUCAAUGCCCUGGACGGCUUUGCUGUAUCCAGUUCAUUCCGACCAUUUCAUCUUAGUCAAUUCAACGCCGAAUGUCACACAUGGCCAACAGAUUCCGAAUUUUCAUGGUCGCAGUUGCAAAAUGAUAAAGGAAAUGGAAAUGGAAAUGAUGAGGUCAAUUACCUAGCAGAUUCAAGGGUAUGGUCGACAAAUGCAGAUGAACAAAGCGAAUCCACCAAUACUGAUGAAACAAGAGAUUUGAAAAGCCCAAGCUCAGUUCAUCGGCCUGAUAGUGGUGUAGGGGAAUCGGCCGAUCUUUCGGAGUCCCUUUUGCUUGGGGAAUUGUGCCAUACCAAAGCAUCAUUGCGGCUCCCCUUAAAUGUGUACACAUCCAAUUCUCUUGCGAAAGAAAAAGAAAUGGUACAAUCAACAACCCCUGCCGAUGAUCAAAAUGAAUCCAGCAAAAGUAGUUCGCAGAAUGAAUAUAGCAGUGAGAAUGUGCUUGCUUCCGAUUCAAUUCAAGAUUCAAUGGAUUUAAUUGUGCCUACGUCAUGUACUGGUUCCAUGGAUUCGAUAAACAGUUUUGACGGUGGUAAAAGUUCACAAAUUCAUCUCAGUAAUAGUACAAAUACUGACGGUCUACCGAUUCACACAACGAAAGUGAGAAACGCUUCAAACGAAACGUCUGUUCAAAAUGAACUUACUAUCAACACCAACACAAGCAAAAAAUGUGAUUAUAGAAUAACGGCUAAUAGACAGAGUGAUAGCACUGACGAAGACUCCGGCAUCGAAAAUAUUGUUCGAAUUACCAAGGAAAUUUAAAAAUGCACAAAAAAUACAAACUCCACAUACACAAAUAAAAACAAAUUACAUUAUUUAUAUUAGACAUUUCUCAAACUGUAUAAAAAAUUAAAUAAGCCUUAAAAUAAAACCGAACAUAUAAUCAUCUUAUCUUUAAUAUAA